GAAGACGCCGCCUCGGCCACCGAGCCGGCCCCAGAGAGGCCCAUGGUGCCGACAAGCGCUGCCGACUGGGAGUCCAAAAAGCCGAUCAUCCGCAAGCUCUACAUGGAUCAGAAUUUGAUUCUGAACGAAGUAAUUGAGAUCAUGUUGAAGAAGCACAAGUUCAAGGCCACCGCGAGGAUGUACAAGGGCCAGUUUGCAAAGUGGAAGUGGACAAAGUACAACAAAACAGGCAAGCACAGUGCAAUCAAACCGUCGAAGUCGAGGAGCACCAAAGGCAAAAGUGCCCGAUCCAGGUUGGAGACGCCAGAUCGCCGGGUAUACAUACCUGGGCGGAGCGGGAUCGGAGCACGCAUGUUGCAACUCGCCCCUCUGUCCCAGCACCACCAUCUCCAGUACUUUGGCGAUGAGGAUUGCCAAGUCGAGUCCACCCUGAGCGCGUACGCCGCCCUCAUCCUGCACUGGUCAGAACGCGAGACCCCCUGGAAGACGGACGACGCGGGCCACCUACUGCGGCCGCAACGCCAGUCGGUUCUCCAGCACGUCCGCGCUGCGCAGGAGCACUUCGUGCACGGCCGGGCCCAGCUCGGCGGCGAGCUGCUGCGCCGCGCGUUCCUGGGCAUCGAGGCGGCCGUCGAGUCCGCGCUCGAGGUCGAGGCGCUCUGGGACUGCUGCCUCGCCGUGCCCCAGCUCGUGCUGACCCUGGGCUGGUCCGACAUGCUAACCAUCUUCGCGCGCUACCUGCACCAGUUCACCAGCAUCAAGCUGCCGGGGCACCCC